CUCAUCAUGGGGAAAUACUUCCAUCUGUACGAGAACAUUUCCAAAGUGAGUCCCUUCGAGGGGCCCCAGUAUUACCUGGCCCCUUCCUGGGUGUUUUACCUGCAGACCGCCUUCAUGGGCUUCGUCCUAUUUGCCGGAGCGCCGUUAAACUUUGUUGUUCUUCUCGUCACGGCGAAGUACAAGAAGCUUCGAGUCCCUCUAAACUACAUCCUGGUCAACAUCUCUCUGGCGGGGUUCAUCUUUGUCACCUUCUCCGUCAGUCAGGUGUUCGUCUCCACCAUGAGGGGCUACUACUUUCUCGGGUACUGGAUGUGUGCUAUGGAGUCCGCCAUGGGAUCUGCAGCAGGUCUGGUGACGGCCUGGUCUCUGGCAGUAUUGUCCUUCGAGCGUUACCUGGUCAUUUGUAAACCGUUUGGAGCGUUUAAGUUCGGCAGCAACCACGCUAUGGCAGCCGUGGCUUUCACCUGGUUCAUGGGGAUCGGCUGUGCGAUUCCUCCUUUCUUUGGCUGGAGCAGGUACAUCCCUGAAGGCCUGGGCUGCUCAUGUGGACCUGACUGGUACACUCACAGUGAAGAGUACCACACCGACUCCUACACCCAGUUCCUGAUAGUGACCUGCUUCAUCGCCCCGAUCACCAUCAUCAUCUUCUCCUACUCGCAGCUGCUGGGCGCCCUGAGAGCUGUAGCAGCUCAGCAAACGGAGUCGGCCUCCACUCAGAAGGCGGAGAAAGAAGUGUCCAGGAUGAUCAUCGUCAUGGUGGGAUCCUUCGUCACCUGUUACGGCCCGUACAUGUUCGCCGCCAUAUACUUUGCCUACUCGUCAAAUGAAAACAAAGACUACCGACUGGUCACCAUCCCCGCGUUUUUCUCCAAGAGCUCGUGUGUGUACAACCCCUUGAUCUACGCCUUCUUGAACAAACAGUUUAACGCUUGCAUCAUGGAGACAGUGUUUGGAAAGAAAAUGGACGAGUCAUCUGAAGCUUCUACAAAGACAGAGACGUCCUCGGUGUCCACAGCUGCGUAAAGUUCGACGACAGACGGACAUUUAUCGACUUUUUAAAUGGACUAUUUUUCUCCAGGAGGUUG